GUGUUUAAUUCGACUUCAAAUGGCUGGAAGGACCCCUAUCGCCGCUAAAAGUUCGGCGCUCAUCGCCAUGAUUGCUGACGAGGACAGUGUCACUGGGUUUUUACUGGCUGGUGUCGGUAAUGUUGACUUAAGGAGGAAGACAAACUAUCUCAUCGUUGACUCGAAAGCAACUGUGAAAGCUAUUGAAGAUACCUUCAAGGAGUUCGCAUCAAGAGAGGAUAUCGCUAUUGUUUUGAUCAGUCAAUAUGUUGCAAACAUGAUAAGGUUUCUGGUUGAUAGCUACAAUAAGCCAGUUCCAGCAAUUCUGGAGAUCCCUUCAAAGGAUCAUCCUUAUGACCCUGCCCACGAUUCAGUGCUUUCGAGAGUGAAGUACCUCUUCUCCGCUGAAUCAGUGGCAUCGGGAAGGCGCUGAACCUUCUUCGGUGAUUAU